GCUCACGUGUUUCGGUACUCACAAAAAAAAAAAGAAAAGAAAAAGAAAGUUAAAAAAGAUAGUGGGUAGUUUUCUACUUUUCUUCAACAUGUAUAUUAGUAUAUAUAUGCUCAGGAAAACCGAAACAAAACAAAAAAACUCCCAAGGUCAGCAAUAGGCAUUAGGCAAUAGCAGUUGCCUUUGCCUAUGAGGUGCAAAAAAUAACCGUCCACUACUUCCAGCAGAAUUAAUUAAACCCCAGGCAUAAUUCUCUCUUAACAAAAACAAAAACAAAAACGGUUCAAUUCUUGAGUUUCUACUAUGAUAUCAUACCGCCAUUAACAUACAAUUAUGAGCAGAAUUACCAGUUUUAACUUGUACUUGUUGCUCUGUACAAUUUUUACUAACACUUUUUGUCAAGGAAUCAUCAUCAAUGUCACCAGUUUCCGGGUCCGAGCUGACGGUAAAACCGACGAUACUCGGGCGUUUAUUGCAGCUUGGGAGAAAGUGUGUAACUCUCAAGGCAAUGUUACUCUUCUGAUACCUAAAGGAACUUACCUUGUUGGUCCUCUUAAGUUAAGAGGUCCUUGUGAAAAUGUUUCAUCUUUAACUGUUUUAAUCAAGGGUUAUUUGAAGGCGAAAACGGACUUGUCUGAGUACGAAUUUGGAUCCGGGUGGAUCGAGUUUGCUUGGAUCAAUGGACUUACCUUGACGGGAGGUGGAGUUUUUGAUGGGCAAGGUGCUACAGCUUGGCCUUUCAACAAUUGCCCUACUAGUUCUAAUUGUGACCUUCUUCCUACUAAUCUGAAGUUUGUGGGGAUGAACAGAACGGUUGUUGAUGAUAUUACUUCAUUAAAUAGCAAAUUCUUUCAUCUAGCACUUGUAGAAUGUAGAGACUUCAAUGGCAGCAGACUCGAGAUUUCUGCACCGGAGGACAGUCCAAACACGGAUGGCAUCCACCUCGAACGUAGCUCUAAUGUUAGCUUCUCUUGGUCCAACAUUGGUACCGGGGAUGAUUGUAUUUCUGUUGGACAAGGGAACUCUCAAAUCACUAUUACAAAUAUCACUUGCGGACCAGGUCAUGGCAUAAGUGUUGGAAGCUUGGGAAAAUACCCACAUGAACAAGAUGUAAAUGGACUCCUUGUAAGAAACUGUACAAUUAGCGGGACUUCAAAUGGGAUUAGGAUCAAAACGUGGGCUGAUUCGCCUGGUAGAAGCUCGGCUACUAACAUGAAAUUCGAGAACAUUGUAAUGAAACAUGUAAGAAAUCCAAUCAUUAUUGAUCAAGCAUAUUGCCCCUUCCACUCUUGUUCAUCUCAGCAGGCACCAUCAAGGGUGAGAUUGAGCAACAUAUACUUCAAAAACAUUAGGGGAACUUCACUAUCUCAAGUAGCAGUGACACUUUCCUGUAGUAAAGGAAUUCCCUGCAAGAAUAUAUUCCUGCAGAAUGUUCACUUGAAUUUGAUAUCAGGGGAACGGCUUCCGGUUUCGAGUUGUGAGAAUGUAGAAGCAAGAUACUUUGGUAUUCAGAUGCCUCCUCCAUGCCCUUAAACAGAUUUGGGUUGUUGUAGUGUCAAUACUGUAUACGGAGUAUCAGAUAGGAAUUAGGAUGAGAAUUGAUCAGGUUAAUCAAUUAGUUUACUUAGGGGGAUUUAAAUGGAACAUUUUUUUUUGCUAAUAUUAGCAUUUUGUAAUGGAAUAGUUAGAGUAAUAUAAUCUCUUGUUCUAAGGGAAUAAUGUCAUCUUUGAUUUGUGCAGGAAUUAUGUAAACAAUCACUUAGUUUUUGACUUUUGA